CUAUCCUAGGAUUUAUUUUGCUUCAUUGAUUGCGAUCAAGAAACAUAGAUGAUGAGAAACGGUGCAGUAUUGUUGGUGAUGGUUAUUGUUUGCUUUGCAAGCAUCAUAGCUCCUGCAGUGGAAGCUAAGUGUCCUGCCCCUCCUCCUCCCAAAACAAAAACUCUUUUCCCUCCAAUUCCAAAAACUUCAUAUUCUUCACGUCCUCCACCACCCACAACUUCAUCUCCUCCUCCUUCACCGCCUUCACCACUUAAAACUUCGUCUCCUCCUCCUCCUGCGAGUUCGCCAAGUAGUGGGAAUUGUCCGCUAAAUGCAUUGAAAUUAGGAGCCUGUGUGGACGUGCUUGGAGGACUGGUAAAUGCUACCAUUGGAGAUCCCGCUGUGAACAAAUGCUGCCCCUUUCUGCAAGGUGUUUUGGAAAUUGAGGCAGCGCUGUGUUUGUGUACAACUAUUCGGCUUAAGCUUUUGAACCUGAACAUCAUCCUUCCCAUCGCACUUGAGCUCUUCGUUCAAUGUGGUCUCACCCCUCCAGCUGGAUUUAGAUGCCCACCUCUUAGUUAAACAUGGGAACUCCACAACAGCAUGCCUCUUUCUCGAACGUACACUUAGAUUUUGUGUUG